AAAAAUCUUUGAACCACACUUUCCCACAGCUCGUGUAGAACGUUACGAAGGUGAUCAGAUAUGGAAAACAUUGCCAAGACUCACGAAGAUAUUGAAGCGCAUAUUCGUGACAUACAAUCCAAAAAGAAGGAAAUUAGUGCCGAAGCGGCCAAGGACAAGGGAGUAAGUCUUGCUGAUAGAGGUUACUUUGAUAGUGAAUUUUAUGAUGGCGAUGAUCGAAAUAACAAAUAUGAAGGCUACGUUACCUCCAUCGCCCCAAACGACGAUAUUGACGAUGAAGAAGACGAAGGGCUUCCCAUCGGACGGAACAAUCGGCCAAUGGGCUACACGGCGCCACCGGCACUGCUCAACGAGAUGGUACAGGGCGAGGAUUACGAUCCGUUUGCAGAUCGUCGCCGACCGACAGUGGCGGAGAAGGAGGAUGAGUACCGGCAGAAAAGAAGAAGGCUUGUGAUAUCCCCCGAAAGAGUGGAUCCUUUUGCGGAUGGAGGCAAAACUCCAGAUGUUGGAUCUCGUUCGUACACUGAAAUUAUGCGCGAACAAAUGCUCAAAGGCGAAGAAGCCGAGCUGCGUAGAAAAAUUCAAGAAAAAGCUAAAGACGGUACGCUGAAGGUGAGCUCCAAUGGUCAAGCAGUCAAGCCGCAGCCGAUCGAGCCGAAAAAGCGCGGCCGUUGGGAUCAAGCAGUAGACGAGCAGUUUGUUCCACCGAAAAAGCUAGCUGUACCAGCGACUCCGACCUGGGACGCUGAGAAAACACCUGCAGACCACCGUUGGGAUGAAACACCCGGACAUAAGGGUAGCGAAACACCCGGUGCAACUCCAAACGUCCGCAUUUGGGAUGCUACACCAGCUCACGCUUCAGGUGCAGCUACAACACCGGGUCGUGAGACGCCGGCCGAAAAAUCGACUCGCCGGAACCGCUGGGAUGAGACACCUAAAACGGAGCGCGAAACUCCCGGUCACUCGUGGGCGGAAACUCCGCGAGCUGAUCGUGUCUCGAGUGAUGGCGUGUUGCUCGAAGGCACCACACCAGCCUCCAAGCGCCGUUCUCGCUGGGACGAAACACCUUCCAAUGCGACACCGUCAGCGAUGACUCCCUCGAUAGCUAUGACACCAACUCCACACGGUACGACAACUCCCGGUCAUGCUACACCACUCCUAACACCCGGUGGAACAACACCCGUCGGUCAUAAGGCGAUGGCGAUGGCAACGCCAACCCCUGGCCAUCUAGCAUCGAUGACACCCGAGCAGCUGCAAGCGUACCGGUGGGAGAAGGAAAUCGAUGAACGCAACCGUCCGUUCACGGAUGACGAACUGGACGUCAUGUUCCCGCCGGGUUACAAAAUUUUGCCACCACCGGCGGGUUACAUCCCGAUUCGUACGCCCGCGCGCAAGUUAACCGCAACCCCAACACCAAUGGCGGGAACACCGGCCGCGUUCUUCAUCCAGACGGAAGACAAAUCCGCCAAGUUUGUGGACAACCAACCGAAGGGCAACCUGCCCUUCAUGAAGCCGGAGGACGCGCAGUAUUUCGACAAGUUGCUGGUGGAAGUUGACGAGGAAUCACUGAGCCCGGAGGAGCAGAAGGAGCGUAAGAUCAUGAAACUGUUGCUGAAAAUCAAGAACGGCACGCCACCGAUGCGGAAGGCCGCUUUGCGCCAGAUAACCGACAAGGCGCGUGAGUUCGGAGCAGGACCAUUGUUCAAUCAGAUAUUGCCGCUGCUGAUGAGCCCGACGCUCGAGGAUCAGGAGCGCCAUCUAUUGGUGAAGGUGAUCGACCGCAUCCUGUACAAGCUGGAUGAUCUUGUGCGUCCGUACGUGCACAAGAUCCUGGUCGUGAUCGAGCCGCUGCUGAUCGAUGAGGAUUACUACGCUCGUGUGGAGGGUCGCGAGAUCAUUUCCAACCUCGCAAAGGCGGCUGGUUUGGCCACGAUGAUCUCGACGAUGCGACCUGACAUCGAUAACAUCGACGAGUACGUGCGUAAUACGACGGCACGUGCGUUCGCGGUAGUCGCGUCCGCCCUUGGCAUUCCAUCGCUGCUGCCCUUCUUGAAGGCGGUUUGUAAGAGUAAGAAAUCGUGGCAAGCCCGUCACACCGGCAUCAAGAUCGUACAGCAGAUCGCCAUCCUGAUGGGUUGUGCCAUCCUGCCUCACCUGAAGUCGCUGGUGGAGAUCAUCGAGCACGGGUUAGUCGACGAGCAGCAGAAGGUACGCACGAUCACGGCCCUCGCGUUGGCUGCGUUGGCCGAGGCGGCAACCCCGUACGGUAUCGAAUCGUUCGAUUCCGUGCUGAAACCGCUCUGGAAGGGUAUCCGGACGCACCGUGGCAAGGGUUUGGCGGCGUUCCUGAAGGCGAUCGGUUACCUGAUCCCGCUGAUGGACGCCGAGUACGCGAACUACUACACGCGCGAGGUGAUGCUGAUUCUGAUCCGCGAGUUUCAGUCACCGGACGAGGAGAUGAAGAAGAUCGUGCUGAAGGUGGUGAAGCAGUGCUGCGCGACGGAUGGUGUCGAGGCGCAGUACAUUAAGGAGGAGAUUUUGCCACACUUCUUCAAGCACUUCUGGAACCACCGGAUGGCGCUGGAUCGGCGCAAUUAUCGGCAGCUCGUCGACACGACGGUUGAGAUUGCGAACAAGGUGGGCGCGUCUGAGAUCAUCAACCGUGUGGUGGAUGAUCUGAAGGAUGAGAACGAGCAGUACCGUAAGAUGGUGAUGGAGACGAUCGAGAAGAUCAUGGCGAAUUUGGGUGCGGCUGACAUAGAUUCCCGCCUCGAGGAGCAACUGAUCGAUGGCAUAUUGUACGCCUUCCAGGAGCAGACCACCGAGGACGUGGUGAUGUUGAAUGGUUUCGGUACGAUCGUGAACCAACUGAGCAAGCGAGUGAAACCGUAUCUACCGCAGAUUUGCGGUACCAUCCUGUGGCGUUUGAACAACAAAUCCGCCAAGGUGCGCCAACAGGCGGCGGAUCUGAUCUCGCGUAUUGCCGUCGUCAUGAAGACGUGCCAGGAGGAGAAGCUGAUGGGACAUCUCGGCGUGGUCUUGUAUGAGUACCUCGGUGAGGAGUACCCCGAAGUGCUCGGUUCAAUUUUGGGCGCACUCAAGGCGAUUGUGAACGUGAUCGGAAUGACGAAGAUGACGCCACCGAUCAAGGAUCUGUUGCCUCGCUUAACACCCAUUCUCAAGAACCGACACGAGAAGGUGCAGGAGAACUGCAUCGAUCUCGUGGGUCGCAUUGCCGAUCGCGGGCCAGAGUAUGUUUCGGCACGCGAGUGGAUGCGGAUCUGCUUCGAGCUUCUGGAACUGCUGAAGGCACACAAGAAGGCGAUCCGGCGUGCAACGGUCAAUACCUUUGGGUAUAUCGCAAAAGCGAUCGGUCCACACGACGUGCUGGCAACGCUGCUGAACAACCUAAAAGUACAAGAACGUCAGAACCGCGUCUGCACUACGGUGGCCAUCGCGAUUGUGGCCGAAACCUGCCGGCCUUUCACCGUGUUACCGGCGCUCAUGAACGAGUACCGCGUACCGGAGUUGAACGUCCAGAAUGGUGUGCUGAAAUCGCUCUCAUUCCUGUUCGAGUACAUCGGUGAGAUGGGUAAGGAUUACAUCUAUGCCGUUUGUCCUCUGCUUGAGGACGCGCUGAUGGAUCGUGACCUUGUACACCGACAGACGGCGUGUGCCGCCAUUAAGCACAUGGCACUGGGUGUGUAUGGAUUCGGAUGCGAGGACGCACUGAUCCACCUGCUCAAUUACGUCUGGCCGAACAUCUUCGAGACGUCGCCUCACCUCGUGCAGGCGUUCAUGGAUGCAGUUGAAGGGCUUCGUGUCGCUCUUGGUCCUAUCAAGAUCCUGCAGUACACGCUGCAGGGUCUGUUCCACCCGGCUCGGAAGGUACGUGACGUGUACUGGAAGAUCUACAACUCGCUGUACAUUGGCGCCCAGGAUGCGCUCAUUGUCGGCUAUCCGCGCAUCGCGAAUGAUCCCAAGAACCAGUACAUCCGGUACGAGCUGGAGUACUGCUUGUAAGCGUGCAUUCGAGCGGAAGUGCACCUUGGAAUCUUUGGAAAAAGGAUUAUAAUUUGGAUUGGAACUGCAACGUCAAUGGAGCAGCGGUUGUUCGUACAUUACAAUACGCCUUUAAACCGAAUCACUGGCAGAAGCGAAUGCGAUUGGAACAUGUUUAACCAUUGUUCUGUCAACGCCUAAUCUGUCGGAGAACGUAUUUAGUUUAUAGCUUCACGAAAUUUUACGUACACGCAAGGAAGCCGUAUCUGCCGUAAAUACUUUAGCAACCAAAUUCCAAUAAAACUGUACGUCACCGGCGCCUCUUUCGAUGCGCUUUCAAAUUUCUGUUGCAAUAUUUGGUUUUAAUCCAUUCUCUGCCUCUAAUCGGUGUUCGUAUAAAACAAUAGUACCUCACCGCAUGUCACCGAUUACGCACUCCAUGGUUAUCAAAACAUUUAACAAAAUUUCACCAAGAACCUCAACGAUGUGUUCUUUUCGAUUGUAUUAUGUUAACCGACUUGUCGUAUUGGAAUUGACCGUUACUGGGUUAAGCCUUUUUUAACUAGGAUAUUUAAAUUUUAUUUUAUUUCUAGGCUGCUAUAAGCCUGUAGGAUUAAUUGCACGAAAUUUAUACGAAUUCGCCCCACAAAUGUGAAUCCACUCUUUAAUAUGAGUAAUCGUAUAAUAAUUGUGUAUAAUUGUGUGUUUUUUGUAUGAAAAAGAUAACAAAAUUCAUCCCCGAAUAAGGAAUAGGAGCUGCUGUCAAUUUUAAUUUUUCCAUUUACUAUAUGAUCCAUAGAUGUAUCUACCGUGAAAAAGAAUAAAACGUUUCUAAUAA